AGGAGGGAAAGAAGGACGGGACGGGACGGACGGACACAGCCCCGGUGCUCGCGCCCCGGCACGAUGGCGAGCGCCCGCCCGCUGCUGUGCCUGCAGCUGUGGCUGUGGGUGCAGGGCUCUGCCCAGGAGCUCGACCCCGACGGCAGGAACGUCUGCAAGGUGGACAGCCCCCCCGCGGGCCUGGCGUGCUGCCCCGGCUGGAAGCAGGAAGGGCGGGAGUGCACGGCCGCGCUGUGCGAAGGGGAGGACGCCUGCGGGCCGGACGAGGUGUGCGUGAAACCCGGGCUUUGCCGCUGCAAACCCGGCUACUUCGGCGCAGACUGCAGCUCCCGCUGCCCGGCGCAGUACUGGGGCCCCGACUGCAAGCGGCGGUGCCCGUGCCACCCCGGCGGGACGUGCGAGGCGGCGAGCGGGCGCUGCACCUGCGACCCCGAUCACUGGGGCGAGCUGUGCCAAUUCCCCUGCCAGUGCGGGCCCCACGGCCGCUGCGAGCCCCUGACCGGUGCCUGCCGCUGCGAGCCGGGCUGGUGGUCGCCCAGCUGCAAGAAGCAGUGCCAGUGCAACGCCGCCAAUUCGCACUGCGACCCCCUCACCGGGCACUGCCGCUGCCUGCCGGGCUGGUGGGGCAGGAGGUGCAGCUUCAGGUGCUCCUGCAACCUCUCGCCCUGCGCCCAGGAGACGGGCAAGUGCGAGUGCAAGGCCGGGUUUUGGGGGCCGGCGUGCCAGCGGCGCUGCGACUGCUUGCACGGCUCCUGCAACCCCCUCACCGGGCACUGCAGCUGCGUCCCCGGGUACCAGGGCAGGAGCUGCCGGGAGCCCUGCCCGGCGGGGAAAUACGGGUCUCAGUGUGUGCACAGCUGCGGGAGCUGCAAGCGCAGCCAGCCCUGCUCGCCCGUGGACGGCUUCUGCCUGGCGUGCCAGCCCGGCUGGAACGGGACCCUGUGCAAGGAGCGCUGCGCCCCCGGCUUCCACGGCGAGGGCUGCCUCCAGCCGUGCCCCCGCUGCCGGCACGGGGACGCCUGCGAUGCGGAGACCGGAGCGUGCCUGCACUGCGAGCCCGGCUGGAUGGGACCCAGCUGCAACAGCUCCUGCCCCGCGGGCACCUUUGGGGACGGCUGCCAGCUCCUCUGCCCCGAGUGCGUUUGGGGGAGCUGCGACCCCGUGUCGGGUGCCUGCCUCUGCCAGGCUGGCUACUGGGGACCCAGCUGCAACGACACCUGCCCGGAGGGGUAUUUUGGUGCAAACUGUUCCUCCCCAUGCCAGUGCUCCCGAGGGCCCUGCCAACCGGUGCGGGGCGACUGCGUGCUGAGUCUGGACCGCGGGGCUCUGGCCGCCGCCAUCCUCGUCCCUCUCCUCCUGCUGCUGCUCUGCGUCGUCUGCUGCUGCUGCAGCGCCGGCCCCGCAGAUGCCAGAGACAGGGCGGCCGUGCCGGACGACGACGUGGUGGCCAGGAUGAAGCACCAUGUGCAGGGGGUGCUGGCGAACCUCAGCGCUAUGAUGCCCUGCUUUUCCCUGGGCGGCUACAAACUUCCCAAAGUCACGGUUUCCCACCACGACGCAGAAAUCCCCUUCAACCCCAGCUUCAUUGAGUCGCCCUCGGCCGCCUGGGUUUCGGACAGCUCCUUCUCCUCCUUCGACACUGACAACGAGGGACCCGAGUACUCCGUCCCUCCCAGAGAAGGUGUCCCGCUGCUGGGGGGCACCGAGCUGCAGGAUGGGACGUCCCCCCCUGGUGAAGCGCUCCCAGACCCGGCCGCCUUCAGCUCCGAGGACGUCUCGCAGCCCUUCGCCAUCCCCCGCACCUCCAGCAUCGCCAAGGCCAAGCGGCCUUCCGUCUCCUUCGCCGAGGGGACGAAAUUUGGUGCGGCGGAGACCCCCAGCCCCGGGCGGAAGCCCAAGACCCCGUGGGGGACAUCCAAGCUGUCCCCAACAUCAGGGGAUGCAGGGGAUGAGCCCUCCGCUGAGCAGCCGGCCAGCGAUGGCUACGAGAGCCCCGAUCCCCUCGCCAAGGGGGACGAAAGCCACCGGCCGUCGCCCCGGCCCACCCCGGGGGGCCACCGGCGGGUGGUCUCCGGCACCAGGCACGUGGCCCAGAGGGUGGAAGCCCUGGAAGCGGCCGCCAAAAGUGGCAGCUGGGACGCGAAGGGGAAGGAGCCCAACGUCACCACCAUCUACAUGAUGGUGGGAACGGCCGGGAAGGACCCCAAAGCUGAGGGUGGUGGCGAGGGACCGGUCCAGGCCGUGCUGAAGCGUCUGGGGAGCCUGCAGAAAGGCAGGUGGGCUGCCAAGGAGGAGCCCAAGGUGCGGAGGAGCGUCGAGGCCAUCCAAAAACCGCCCCGCCGGGCCCUGGCUCAGCGUAGGGACUCGGCGAACAGCUGCAAGCAGAGGGAGAGCGUCCCGGGGGCUGCAGGUGAGCAGCGCCCCGGCAAACAGCAGCACCUCCCCGGGAAGAGACAGUCCUUCCCGCUGGCAUCGGCCUCGCUGAAAGGCGCCGGGGCUCAGGAUGGGGCUGGCGAGGCCACGGAGAGGGGCAAAAGCCUGGAGGUGGUCCUGAGCCUGGAAACGAAGGGCCAGGCUGCCCCCGAGGAAGAGCCCAAAUAUGAGACUGUGAACGGCAGCGAGGACGCACCGGCUGCCCCCGCGGCCACAUGAGCCCCCAGCUCCGUCCCGCCCCAUGGCAGGGGGCAGUGGGGACCCCCCUGGGUUGGUCCCAGCCUGGGGAGCCCCCGAGCUAGGGGCUGGACACGUGGAGCCUUCCCGUUAUCCCCCUUCCCUUCCCACCAUGCAGGACCCCGACUGUGAGCUGGGCGAUGCUGAGAGCCGCAGCCCCAGCGGCUCGCGGUGCUUCGGGGCUGUUUUCCGCCCCCUGCAUCCCACCGGCUCCGUUUUGUGGUCGCUGGGGGGAGCGGGAUGCCGCUUGGUGGCUCUCGCCGUAAAGGUGCUUCUCGCGGGAGGGGAUUAUUUUACGGAGCUCUGCUGGGCGAGACGACGGGCUGCCACGAGCGGCUACCACAACAAUUAAUUUUAGCUGCUUAUCUUGAAGGAUACCUGAGUCUGCGGGGGGUUAUCUGUGGGGCUCUGGCUUUCACGGCUCUGGCUGCGUGGGUUUCCGUGCUAGAGGCACGGCACGUGAAACGGGAUGGGGCACGGCACCGGCUUGGUGCGCGGCCCCGAAGCACCACAAGAUGCCACAGUCACCCACGCUGCGCUCAUCCACGAGCAAAGCAGGGCCAUGAGCAUCACCCUGUGCACCAGGAGCUGCGCCGGCCCCGAUAAGGACAGAAAAUGGGUGGAAAAUGGCAAUUCUGUGGGAGCCCUGUGUCUGUCGGCGGGCACGCCGGCUGCUCGAGGAGCCGGAGGAUUCGCAGCAUGAGCUGGAUUUAAAUGCAUCUAGGUGGUAGCAGUUCUGUGUGUAUUUCUCUUAUUUUGAGGGGCGUGAAAGCCUCUGACUGGAAAUUAAAUGUUACCAAAGGA